GGUGGUCGCUCUUAAAUUCACAUUUGGAUGGUGGAGCGUGUUUAUGUUUGGAUUUUCCUGGGGAGGGUCGGCGAAAGGUCUAGAGGAAAGGGGAGGGGGAGCAGUUUGCACAGCUUAUUUUUGAGAGCACUUUGAUGCCAUGAUUUCUCGGGGGGUCUCCAACUUCCUCGCAAGCCGUUGGCAGGAGUGAGAAGCAGGUCUCCCUCAGAACCGAAAGGUACAGAGCGUGGAAGAGGACGUUCCCGACUCGCCCUCAGCCGGCACCCACAGACCUGGCGGAUCUGGUUCUGGCGGGAGUUCCAGGAGGGAGUACGGCCCUCAACUUGUCUGGGAGGCUCUGUGUCCCCUGGGGCCCUGUGUGAGGAGAACUUCAGGUUGGGGUCACAGUUGGCCGUCAAGUGAACCACAGGCUCAUCCUCUCCUGAGAUCAUGUACCCACAAGGACGGCACCCGGUGCCCCUGCAGUCUGCCCAGCCCUUGAAAUUCACUGUCCUGGAAACCCUGGACCGCAUCAAGGAGGAGUUUCAGUUCUUCCAGGCCCAGUACCACAGCUUGAAGCUGGAGUGCGAGAAACUGGCCAGCGAGAAGACCGAGAUGCAGAGGCACUACAUCAUGUACUACGAGAUGUCGUACGGGCUGAACAUCGAAAUGCAUAAACAGGCGGAGAUCGUGAAGCGCCUCAGCGCCAUCUGUGCCCAGAUCGUCCCCUUCCUGUCCCAGGAGCACCAGCAGCAGGUGGUACAGGCGGUGGAGAGGGCCAAGCAGGUCACCAUGGCUGAACUCAACGCCAUCAUUGGGCAGGUACAUCAAAGCGACGUUCAGGGACAGCAGCAGCAGCUCCAGCACCUGUCUCACCACACCCCCGGCAUGCCCCUGGCCCCCCACCCCGCAGCGGUGUCCCUAGGGGGCAGCGCUGGGCUUAUGGCUCUUUCUGGGGCACUUGGGGGAGUGGCACACCUGGCCAAGGACGAGCGCAGCCACUUGGAUGAGCAACUAAGAGCUGGGACACCAGGCAGGAGUAAGUCGGUGUCAUCGACGGACAGCCAGCCCACAGAGGACCGCCAGGGCACCUCGGGCGUCUUCCCCGCUCAGACAGCAGGGGGCGACGUCAAGAGGAAGCGUAGCGAUGACAAAGAGCCCCUCACAGCACACUAUGACAGUGAAGGGGACAAGAGCGAGGACAACCUGGAGGUGGACGUGUCCAAUGAGGAGCCCGCAUCCCCGGCUGGCGGACCCCGUCCCGCCUGCUCCCCCCGGAGCAAUGGGCCUGACCGGGAGCUGGCCCUCAGGAAGGAGCCACAUGGGAGCCCCAGCCCGGGCCGCACCUCCCCCGCACCUCACAGCCCCCCGACUCCCAGUAAGGCCAGGGAUUCCCAGAUGGAGAAAUCAGCUUCCCCCUCCUCCAACUCAGGGACUCCUUCCCCCUCGCACAGGGACGCUCUCACCCCAGGUCCCAGCUCCUCCUGUCUACGCCUGGCCAGCAAGUCGUCCUUGGCUGACCCCUUAGCCCUGCGGAGUCCGCUGUCUCUGUCCUCCAGCUCGUAUCCGACUCAUUUUGGGGCCGUGUCCCACGGGGGGCUGAACGGCGAGCUGGCCAGCCCCGGCGGCUUUGCGGGUGCUAUAAGCCUCUCGCCACAAAUGAGCACAGCUGCCGGGGGAUAUACCCGCAGCCCCAUGGUGGCGCAUGAGUCUCGUUCCCACCUCAGGCCCCUUGGGGUGUCCUCGGCGGUUCCUGGCACAACAGGCAGCAAGCCGGCCUACUCCUUCCACGUGAGCGCGGACGGGCAGAUGCAGCCUGUACCCUUUCCCCCCGACGCCCUGCUGGGCCCAGGGAUCCCGCGCCACGCCCGGCAGAUCCACACGCUGAGCCACGGGGAGGUGGUGUGUGCCGUCACCAUCAGCGCCUCCACCCGGCACGUCUACACCGGCGGUAAGGGCUGCGUGAAGGUGUGGGACAUCAGCCAGCCGGGCAGCAAGAGCGCCAUGGCCCAGCUGGACUGCCUGAACAGAGACAACUACAUCCGCUCCUGUAAGCUCCUCCCCGACGGGCGAACUCUGAUAGUGGGAGGGGAGGCCAGCACCCUGUCCAUCUGGGACCUGGCCACGCCCACCCCCCGCAUCAAGGCGGAGUUGACAUCAUCGGCCCCCGCUUGCUACGCUCUGGCCAUCAGCCCCGACAACAAGGUUUGCUUCUCCUGCUGCAGCGACGGAAACAUCGUGGUCUGGGACCUGCACAACCAGACCCUGGUCAGACAGUUCCAGGGCCACACAGAUGGGGCCAGUUGCAUCGACAUCUCCAACGACGGGACCAAGCUGUGGACGGGGGGGCUGGACAACACGGUGCGCGGGUGGGACCUGAGGGAGGGGCGGCAACUGCAGCAGCAUGACUUCACCUCCCAGAUCUUCUCUCUGGGCCACUGUCCCACAGGAGACUGGCUGGCCGUAGGGAUGGAGAGCAGCAACGUGGAGGUGCUGCACGUGUCCAAGCCCGACAAGUACCAGCUGCACCUGCAUGAGAGCUGUGUGCUCUCGCUCAAGUUCGCCUACUGCGGGAAGUGGUUUGUGAGCACCGGCAAGGACAACCUCCUCAACGCAUGGAGGACCCCCUACGGAGCCAGCAUAUUCCAGUCCAAGGAGUCGUCGUCGGUGUUGAGCUGUGACGUGUCUCCAGACGACAAGUUCAUCGUCACCGGCUCUGGGGACAAGAAGGCCACUGUGUAUGAAGUCGUGUACUGAAGUCAGCAGUCAGGAUGUCCCCUGCCUUUCAGGAUGUCCCCUGCCCAAUUCCUCUCUUCUUCCCAAGCAAGGCCUUCAGCUCAGUUUGACCCCCCCCAAUCCACAUCCAGCUUUGAGUGUGUGUGUGUGUGUGUCUGCCUCCAAUUUGGCCUAUAGCGACCCCCUUACUGUUUAUUUAUGUAGUAACGUAGACCUGAGAGCAGCGACAGCCAGAUGGUCCCUGGAGCUGUUGGGGAUUAAGGUCCCAGUGGUGAAAAGACACAUUGUUACACACGGAGAACACACCGCCGACCCUGGAAUUUGAACCAACAACCUUCUGAUCACAGGCAGAGUGUCCAGACUUGCUGAGCCACACACACCCUUACAACACUGUAAGCUGACAGAGGGUGUAAUUCCUGUACUUUCCUGAUGAACAUGCGGUCAGAGAAAAGCCCAUGAGGGAUGUUAAUGUGAAGCCACAGUAAAGCCCAAUGCAAUGACACUGAAAAUAAACAAGCGUCUGCAUUAGUCCAACCAGCCCAGUAAUGAGGGCCCCCCCCCCCCCUCCCCCGGGACAGGACAGGGGGGAAAUCUGAUAUCACCUUCCAUUGUGAGGUACAAUUAUACAAACAUGCCCCCGCUUGCCUAUUGGAAAUUACAUGUAAAUACAAAGAUGCUCACGGCAUUGUUUCCAAAUUGCUCGCAUCUUGAAAACUCGUGCUGGCCGUAUUGAACAAGCACUUCUUGGGUUUAAAAAUAAAAUCAGGAUGAUUAUGAAUUCUCGGACCUCAGAUAAAGCUGGUUUCUCGAUGUCCGCGCGUACAGAGGGACACGGCAGCGAUCGCCCCUGCCCUGUUGUGACACUCGGCGGGGUUCGGGCCUGAUGUUCCUGUCCGCGAUGUGGGUUAUAGCCAUUGCAGUACGUCAUAGCCGACUUGUCCACACAGACUCAAACAAAAUUACAGCACUUUUUAAAACCCUGUAUUAUUUGAUCUUAAUUAUGGAAUAUUAUUAAGGUAUGCAAAAUAAAGUUUUGGCUCUUGACUA